CUGCACGUCCCGGGACUGGAUCAUUCUGACCCGGGACCCCCCGGUGUAUUGCAGCUCCUGUCUGGGCGAGUCUGAGUGGAGUCCCAAAGAGGGGGAGGGAGAGGGAGGGAGAGAGGGGUCGCCGUUUCCUCCCACAAGAGCCGAGUAAUUAACAGGAGGCCCCGGGAAGCUGACACGGAAUCAGUUCAGAGGGUGAAUGAGAGGAGUAGGUCUGUCUGUGUAGGUUUUGAGGGGGAGAGAAGUCCCAGACACAUCCCUUAAAGUUACUCACUAAAUUCACAGGGAAUUGGAGCCUGAAGCAUUCUCACUUUCAUUUCAAGGUGAUGGUUAAACGUUGUUGACAGAUAUUGGUGCAGAAUGUGGACUAUUUGGAUCACCAUCCUGUGGGUGUUCGUCAGUGUUCAGACAGUGACCGGAGGCAGAGUGAAAAAACACAGAGAUAUUCCAUGCCCUCGUGUACAUGGUGAUGGAUGGAAAUUACAGAACCAAGAGCACUAUGUUAAUGUUUCAGGUUUUAAUUUGCUCAGGAGGUUCUCGCUUUUUAAGACACCAGCAGUGAAGAAAGUUCGAAGUCCAACGGGUUCUUUAAUCGUGAAGUUGGGAAGUUUGUCACUCAUCAGACCCACUGAACUGGUGUUCCCUCAGGGCCUGCCUCAGGACUUCACCUUCCUCGCAACAAUGCUGCUGAAAAAGAAGAAAGUGAAGGAGAAUUGGUACAUGAUCAAAAUCACUGACCAGCAAGGCCUAACUCAGUUUUCCAUUCGAAUCGACGGACGGGACAAAGCGGUGGAGUACAAGGCCAAAGGUCGUUUCCAGGACUACGUGCGCUGGGUGUUCAGCAGUGAAGGAGUGGCUGCUCUAUUCGAUCUUCGGUGGCACAAGCUAGUGAUCAGUGUGCAGGCAAACGUGGCCUCCCUCUAUAUUGACUGUCAGCUGAUUGAGAUCAAAUCGGUGGAGGAGAGAGCUGACAUUAACACUGAGGGUCAGACGGUCAUGAGCAGGAUCGCUGAGGACAACAAGCCAGCUGAAGUCGACCUACAACAGAUGAUCCUGUUCUGUGACCCUCUCAUGGCAGAGAAGCUAACCUGUUGUGAGAUCCCAGGAGUCAAGUGUGCAACAGGGUCACUCGUUCUGAAGAGUAGGAGGAACGCUGAAGUGAAGACAACAAAGGGUCCGAUUGUACCUCUGCCUCAGAUAAGCGGGAAAGUCCACACCAAGUGCUUCUGCAUUGAUGAGGACACAAAGUCAAAGGUUGGUAAAGCUGGACAAGAAGCUGAGAACAAUGAAGAGUGUAAGUCCUGCAUCCAAAGGGAACCUGGCCAGAAUGAAGCCAGCGGAAUUGUCAAGCAGAAGCAUGAAGGCUGUGUUGUGUGUCCACAAGGGCAGAAAGGAGAGAAGGGGGAGCCGGGAAUUAUCGAAGGAACCUUGGGACCAAGGCCUAUGAUGUCAGAGAAAGGUCAGAAGGGUGAACCAGGGUUGCGGGGAUCAGCUGGUCUGCCCGGAAGAAAUGGAAAACCGGGAGAGUUGUGCGUGGCUGGACCAAAAGGUGCAAAGGGAGAUCCCGGACCAGUUGGACCAGAGGGAUUGGCUGGUGAGCCAGGAUCCCCAGGGCCUCCAGGACCCCCAGGGAUAGGAAUACCAGGAAAACCGGGGAAACCUGGUGGCCCUCCUGGACCAAAAGGAGAAGCAGGAAGUGAUGGGGAUCCUGGCCCAGAAGGUAUCCCGGGAAAACCUGGUAAACCUGGAUUACCAGGGCCAAAGGGAGAAAAGGGAGACCAAUGUGGGAUUUGUCCGACACACCUAGAGGGACAUGGAGGUGUCAAAUUUACAGGAGACCACAGUCAAGGAGCCAAACCUGGAGCACCUGGAAGAUUGGGCAUGUCUGGACCUCCAGGAACACAGGGUGAGAAGGGCGAUACAGGAGACCCUGGUGUGAAGGGGGAGAAGGGCGAUUCAUGCAAGAUAUGUCCAGAACUCACUGAUGAGCUUGGGAACAUUGUGGGAAUCCCCGGACCACCUGGCCCUAAAGGUGACCCAGGAACCCCAGGAGUUCAAGAGCCUGGACCACAUGGCCAGCCCGGAGCACCAGGUCCACGUGGCUUCAAGGGAGAAAAGGGUAACGUCGGCAAACCAGGAGCCACUGGGAAAACCGGGAAACGAGGUAAUCAGGGGAUCCCAGGGCAUGGAGGAGAAAAGGGCAACAAGGGUGAUCAGGGAGAUCGAGGGAUCACAGGAGCUCCAGGACCCAAAGGAGAGAAGGGCGAUGGAUGUGGGCUCUGCCCAACGGCUCAAGUGGCUCAUCUUAAAGUAAAUCCCCCAGAUGACGGAAAUGGGAGCCAGUCCGAAAAACAGCCUGCACCUCUUAUCCAGCCUGGAAUAAAGGGUGAUCCAGGACUAAAGGGUGACAAAGGAGAGCCGGGGGAGAAAGGAAUUCCGGGUAUUCCUGGGUUCCCAGGGACACGGGGCCGUCAUGGGCUGAAAGGGGAAAAGGGGGAUCAGUGUGAGGUUUGCCCUACCAUUCCAGAAGACUUCAAAGACGUAAUUGGACUUCCAGGGAAACCAGGCCCUCAAGGAGACCCUGGACCACCAGGGACAGGAGAACCCGGAAAGCAUGGUGAACCAGGACGACAGGGAUUGACGGGCUCUCCGGGAGUGAAGGGUGAAAAGGGACAGGCAGGACCCCCAGGGAAAGGACUGCCCGGAGUUCCGGGAAAGGAUGGCAUGAUGGGAAAACCAGGAAAUCCGGGUGCAGCAGGAAUUCCAGGACAACCAGGAGCUGUUGGACCAAAGGGGAACAAGGGACAAGCUGGAGAACAUGGGAUCCCGGGUCACCCAGGAGCCCCUGGUGUGGGGUUACCUGGGAUACGGGGAAAAGAUGGAGAAACCGGAGAUACAGGGUUACCAGGGAGACGAGGCCUGCCAGGUGUGCCAGGAGCUAAAGGUGAAAAGGGAGCAGCAGCUGAGCAAUGCGUCUGUAUCAAUGGGCAACCAAUCCCAGGAGGAGAUGUGCGGUAUCCUGGAGAUUCUGGAGAACAUGGCCACCCAGGUGCUCCGGGUGAUCGGGUGUUGUGGUCUCUGGGACCUCUGGGCCCUCCAGGACCACCCGGCCCACCAGGACCACCCGGCCUGCCAGGGUUACCGGGAGGUAACGGCCGACAGGGAAUUCCAGGAAAUGAUGGCAUGCCUGGUGCACCUGGACUUCCAGGAAUGUCUCCACUAUCACUGUUUGCCGAGAGGAACGAUUCAUUCUUCAAGACAUUUUGUGGGAACUGCACUUCUGGAUUCCCUGGAGCCCAGGCAUUCACCGGAAUGAAGGUGGAGCAAAUUGAGCAUGGCACUCCUGGGGCAGCAGGUGUGGACCACUGUGAGAAGUGCAAGCAGCAGAGGCAACAGCAAAACCAGGAAGAGCUCCCCAGAACGGAGGAGCAGCUGCCAAACAAUAGAGACUGUGGAUAUCCAGGAUUACCAGGGAUGCCUGGUCCUCCAGGUGAAAGAGGGGUGAAAGGAGACCAGGGGCCUCCAGGUCAGCGAGGGUAUGCUGGACCCCCAGGGCCUCCUGGCCCUCCUGGAUUUCCUGGUGGUCCCGGAACCUCAGGUUUGCCUGGUCUUCAAGGAGAGCGAGGUGCACCUGGGUUAGCUGGACAGAAAGGAGAACAGGGUCCUAUAGGUCCUGCCGGAUACCCGGGAUCAUCAGGAAUGCCUGGUCUCUCGGGCCUUAAAGGAGAACGGGGCUAUUCGGGUCCUCCGGGAGAGAAAGGCGAGUCGGGCCCUCCUGGUAUCCCUGGUCCCCAAGGCCCAUCGGGCCCAGCGGGUCCCAAAGGUGGCACAGGAUUACCCGGUUCCCGAGGAGAAAAGGGAGAUCAAGGAUUCCAAGGUCAACCCGGAUUUCCAGGACAGCCAGGGCCGAUCGGUUUCCCAGGGAAGUCUGGGCCACCUGGACCCCCAGGACCUUCUGGUGAAAAGGGCAAUGAUGGGAGUGUGGGUCCAGUCGGACCAACUGGCCCUCCAGGCAGAACUGGAUCUCCAGGACAACAGGGUCCUCCAGGAGUGGAAGGUCUGGAUGGGAAGGAAGGGAAGCCUGGCCCACGGGGUGAGACUGGUCCACCUGGACCCCCAGGGCUCAGGGGACUACACGGAUUUAAAGGAAAAUCUGGCCUUCCAGGUCAACCUGGACAGAGAGGUGAACCAGGCGUAGCAGGACCACCUGGAAAUACAGGCCGGCCAGGCUUUGAGGGAGAGCCUGGUCCACCAGGACCUGUUGGACCUCCAGGGCUUCCUGGGCAUGUGGGUGCAGCUGGUGUUCCAGGAUCACCAGGCCCUGCAGGACCCCCAGGAGUGGGAACAAAGGGUGAUCGUGGAACGUCUGGAGAAAGAGGUCUCCCUGGAUUGGUGGGCCCCCCUGGCCCGCCUGGAGUUCCUGGGCUGAUGGGAGAGCCAGGUCAGGAUGGUUCUGUAGGAAAAGAGGGCUCACCUGGUGCACCGGGACUCGCAGGCCAACCUGGACCAAAGGGUGAGCCAGGAAAACCUGGUGAAAAGGGUGCCCAGGGAGAUAGAGGUCCUCCUGGGAUUUACGGAGGGUAUUCAGGCAAGAGCAGCAGUGUGGCAAUGCCGGGCCCUCCAGGAUCUCCCGGAGAAAGAGGAUCACCCGGACCCCCAGGACCUGCAGGUCUACCUGGAAUUCCUGGAGCACCAGGAACACCAGGAACAGCGGCAGACGCUGUUAACUUUGAUGAGAUCAAGAGAUUAAUAAGACAGGAAGUCACAAAAAUCUUUGAUGAAAGAAUGGCGUACUACCUAGCCAGAAUACGUACUCCAGAUUCAACCAGCCAAGGAAGGCCAGGACCCCCUGGUAAAAUUGGGCUGCCUGGUCACCCAGGACAACCAGGUCAAUCCGGAUUGCCUGGACAACCUGGAAGAGAUGGACGGGCUGGGUUACCUGGGCCAAAAGGUCCCAGUGGCCAGAAGGGAGACCGAGGUGAAAACGGAAUUGGCCGUGUGGGUGAGCCAGGCCCACCUGGCCCUGCAGGUCCACCAGGACGCCCAGGAUAUGGUAAAAUCGGUCCACCAGGUCCAGUUGGCCAGCAGGGGGUGCCAGGUGUGCCAGGCCCACCAGGACUUCAAGGAACAUCGGGGAAAAAUGGGCGCUGCACACCCUCUGACUGUAUCAUGAGGGUACCUGAGCCUUACAAUGCCAAGAAUUCAAAAGGACCAUCUCAUUGGAUGAAUUAAUAAAGACUUUUCUUCAUUGCAUUUUUGGGGGGUGUGGUUGAAAUGUCAGAUUUCUUUUUCCUCUUUUUUUUUAAAAUGAAUCACAUGAACAGCUUUUGCAGGUAGGCCAAAGUAAUAAUUUUUCCCAGUGUAUUGUUUAGACAGUAUUUGUACAUGUUUCUCCAGCUAUGGGAAUUGGUCCUAAUAUUUUCUUCCCUUUAAUUAGGCCCUGAUAACCUUUUCAAAACCACUGGGACCUCAUGCUGUGGAAGCCAAUAUCUGUCACUGGAUGUUGUGGGACUCAGGGCACUAGUUGGUGCUCAGAUUUGCUAAUUCUGGGUGGGGAUGUUUCAAAACAAUUUCAUCACAUGACCUCCCACAGCCCCAUUGUUCAUUUAAUUUGUUAACCCUCACAUCACCCAUCUCAUGAAGUGAAUGACUCUCCCAAUAUAAUUAGAUGAUUCUCAGUUCAAAAACCUUGUUUCUCUGACUCCAAUAUUUUUAUAACCUCUUGUGAAUGGAACUACUGAAAGGAAUUGAACCAUACACAUGUUGCCUUUUCCAACAGUGUGUUUGUGAGCUUGAUCCUUAACAACUCCAGGGCUUUCUUGGAGAGUUGAUCACCUGAACUGGGAUAUUGGUCUCAGUCAGAUCUGACCAAUUGCAGAAGAAGGCCUGAACUCAGGAUGCUGUUUAGCAGUACCCACUGCCCGUGUCUGUGAUCUUAACAGAUCUGAUCAAAAAUAAAUGAAAUAUGUUGGGAAUUUAUUGACUAUAUCAGUCCAACAGCCCUUUCUGCCAGUCCCGGAUCCUCUCCUUUCAGUAGUUAAUUGCUAUGAUUCCAUUCCCCACCUGAUUAAGUGCUCUUAUGACCAGGGUAAACACCAAGGGGGCAAUUUAAUUUAAAUAUUCUGGAGGGAAAACUUGAAUUUCUUGCACAGACUGUGUACAAUGUGACCUGGACCUCCCUGCACACAGCACAACGUUGCUGACAAAGCCAGAUUCAGAAAGCUGAUGAAAAAUACUGCAGCUCUCACAAAAGGUACAAUGAGAGAGACCUUCCUGAACCAUCAGACUGUUGUUCUGGUCUGUGUCUGUAUGAGUGAGAGUGAGGGUAAACCGGUGACUCAGGCCAGAGCUAACUCCACCCAGGAAUAGACCCCAGCAACAGGUUGGUGCAGGAGACGUGCAGAUGAACCUUGGCAUCACAACAAGGGGGAGCAGUAAUUUCAGAGCUGCUCACAACUGUCCAAAGGCAAUCCAGUUCAGACAAAGGUGAAUACAGACGUCAAUAUGGGUAAAUAAAACAAUGUAUAGCUAAUCCUGGGCUGUACCUGAUUGGGAGUGUUUGAUGUGAAUUGAUUUUAACUUGGCUGACCCAAUGAUACGUUAUCACAAUCAGAUUCCUGAGCCUGGUUUACUCUGGAAUAGCUUUCUGUUCUUGCCAAACAAAUCCGAUUUUGAGAGUCGGGUGAAAGUGAGGUUCGAAUAAUGAGCAUGUGCCGAGGAAUUGUUCUAUUCUCUCCCACUGUCUUAGCAACACCCAUGUGAGCAGGAAAUGUCAUUAAAAAGUGACAAAGUGAAGACUAUUCAUUGGAAUGAAAUUGCUGUUCAGUUCAACCUGCAGUCAGAGCUGACUUCCUUUCUCUCAAUUAAAUGGACAUUAAUUCUCCUUCCAUCAUUUAAGUAGAGGAUUGUAGGCAAAGUGCCAGGGGGUCAGAAACUGGGGAUGUUGACUUUGCCCAUGUCCUGUGCUCUCCCAGUCUCUGUCCCAGCUAUUGGGACAGGCCAUGGCUGAUGGUAGGCUUCUGAUCUUCAUCUCUGUUUUCCAGCUCCUGCAGGUACAGGGGAAUGCUGGUCAUCGUACAGCCAGACCACCCAACAUGUAGCUAAUGGAAGCAGGCCUUCCUGCCACACGCAGACUGCAGCUCUCAGUGGUGACCACCCUCAGUUACUGCCUCCUCUGUCAUUAACAUGUAUCCUGCCCAUCCCUGCUGUGCUGACUGGCACUGACAAAGCUGUCAGCCUGAAUUGGGAUCAUUGUCUGGUCAAAUGGGUCCUCACAAACACAUGUUAUUGUCACUUCAAAACAUCAACUGUUGGAGAACUGGGAGUUACUCAAGAGCCCUGUAUUGAAGAGUAUUAAAGAGAAUUUUGACAGA